AGUACACAACAAAAGCCUACAUUUCAUCUGCGGGUCCAACUGUUUUUAGAAACGUGUGACCACGACACCAGGAGCUGAACGCAUUUACUGGAGGAAGUACCCUGGUGCGCAAUUACGCACGGGAGUAGAGGAAUUUGACGUCCAGCCUGGCUUUUUGUUUCUCCUCCAGGGGAUUCUCUCUGCAAAGUUUUGAGUCCUCUCCACUUACUGAGACGAUAUCUAUGCACGACGUCAUCAGGGCAGCUCCAGCCUCACCUCUUCACUUUGAACUUCACCUUCUAGUCCUCGAUGUGCACAGGACAGGAUGGGAUGCUCCACCAGUUCCCAAACUUCAGCGGUAGACACGACUCGACCCAGUGCUAAGCCCGAGGAGAGCAACGGAGCCAGCACUACAGGGGCGGCCAACGAAACUGGCAAAGUAGCUGAGGACAGCGAAACUCUUCCGGACCAAACACCGGCUGAUGGCGAUGUUAAACCUGCAGAUGAACCUGCUGCAGCUGCCACAUCUGCAGACAGCACCGCUGCAGCUCCACCAGCAGGGGAGGAACCUCAGCCUGCAGAAGCCAGUCCACCUGCAGACGGAGAGGCAGCGGCAGCAGACAGCACCACUGAGGCAGCAGCGAGCUCCUCGGAAGCUGCAGCUGCAGACCAGGAAAAAGCAGAUGAUUCAGAGCCCAAACCAGAGGAGACACCAGCUCCCAGCGAGUGAAGUGCAACGUGAAUGACUGCACAGAUUAACUGGAAGUGUCUGAUCUUGUUUGUAUGUGUGAGUGAAAGUACGUCCGUGUGUGUGUGUGUGUGUGAAACAGACAUCACCUUGUUGCCAAGAUGCAGACCCUGUGAUAUCCACUUUCGAUCAGGGUUCCUCGGUCAUCACUGUGCCUUCUUCCCCUCAUGAUGGUGUAUGGCUGCAUUUUCUGCUUGAAAACUGCACAUUGACAGAGUUCUACUGCACUUAGUGGGUGUGUUGAUCUUCAGAGGAAGCAAUCAUUUCAAAAUAUCUUAAAUUACUAAUCACUUCUAUUUAUUCAGUGCAUAGAAAUGUAUGAUAGUAGAUGUCUUUAAUCUAACUUUAACCUAAGAGUUCAUUCUGUAGUUUUCUACAAAAUCAUGAUUCUAAGGAAACCAAAGCCAAAAUAUAUUUGAUUUAUGAGAUGUUAUUCUGUUUGGGUAGCUGGCUUUGAUUGUACAACUAUGUUUGUGAUGAAAAUGAAGAGCUGGUCCACUGCAGGUUUACUGAGGUCUGAUUUUAAAAAUCAAUAUGGGUUCCUGAUGAGAACCAAUGAGAUAAGAGUAAAUAUGAGAGUGAGUUUUUUUUUUUUUUGUUUGCUUCUGAUGUGUCAUGAUUUCUCUCUGGAAGGAAAACCUGAAAUCUGUAAUAAGCUAUUAACUGUCAAGAAAUUAAAAGGGCCACCUUAAAGAUGA